AGUAUCCCUUUUGGCUCAGGUGUGCAGCCAAGGACGCUGUGAACGCUCGCGCGCGACGAAACUGAUUCCCAACUCCUCUCGGCGACCUCCCUCUUCGUCCGCUCUUCAUCCGCGGAGCACUUGUUGCACCUUUGCUUCCCAAUCGGCUCCGAGGACUCUUCGGCUCCGAGGACUCGGGAACGCAGACUGGAGCGGGGCGGUCCGCAGCCACGGCAGCGGACCUGGAGGAGCGCACGGCUGGCGCAACAGGGAUGGUUUUGAAGUUCGCCGGUGAUGCAUAAUGGAUGUUGCGGGUGCUCAUCCGAGGAUUUGUGAUGCUAUUCCUUGUGCAGCCCGGUACCACAACGGAUGCCAGCUACUACACGAUGGCACUGGAGGAGAGCGGGUGCGAGUACCAAUUCUUUUGCGGGGGGUCCGAAGUUCAGACCACUGAUGUCGGCCAAACUGAAUCAGGGCUAUGUACUCUCCAAGGCUUCUCUCUGAUCCAGAGCGCCGACGACUGCGGCCAGGCCGCCGCGGCACUGGGCAUGCUGAGUGGUUGCACGCCGCAGGCAUGCUCGCCCAUCGCGGCGACCACCACUCGCGCGCCAGGCUGCUAUGGGAGCAUUCCGGACGAGACCUUGUUUUUCAACCCGCGGUUCACAGAUACAGGUCCGCACGCGAGCAGUUGCCAUGGCGGCUACGCCUGCAAGAAGUGCACCACAGCGGCACCGACGCCCUUCCCGACGCCAACACUGACGCCCUUCCCGACGCCAUUUCCGACGAUCACCAAGACUGUCACGAGGACCAGCGAGACAGGCACGGGCUCCGCGACGUCAAGCACCACAUCCACCACCGAGACAGGCACGAGCUCCCCCACGUCAAGCACCACAUCCACCACCGAGGCAGGCACGAGCUCCGCCGCGUCGAGCACCACAGCCACCACCGAUAUGGUGCUAACCGCAACGACUGUGUUGGUGAGCUCGGUGCUGGCAGGAUCGCAGGAGUUGGUGGUGGAGUCCGAGGAGGGCUUUUCUGCAGGGGACGCCAUCGUGAUCACUGGUGGCGGCAAUUCUGAGACACGUAACAUCGCGAGCUUUGGGUCCAUUGUGCUCGACGCACCACUGGACUACGGAUACCCGGCGGGGUCCAGCAUCACCAAGCUAGGCGGUAGUUAUUCGAGCAUUGUGCCAUUGGCGGUGGAGCAGCAAUAUUCCGAGGGAAAGCUUGCAGUCAUCGCUGGUGCCGCGAUUGUCCUCCUGGCCUGCGUCGCGCUGGGCUUGGGCUGCCUGAUGAGGCGCGGACGCUCCUGCUGUGCCAGAGGCCCAGCGCACGACCGCGGCAUGCGCGACGCGCAGAUGCACCAGCCGGACCAGAAGGCUGAGUUGCUGGAGAACAUGGACUUCUGGUUCCUUCCUGUGGAAGCAUUCAUGAAGAUACCGCGCAACAAGCCCAUUCCCCGUCACCAAGUGUUGAGGGACGCCGGUCUGUUGGUGAAGCGGACCAUGGCCCUGGAAGAUGUGUUGGCUGGGCGGUUCGUGGCUGACACAGCAGCACUGUCCCACCGCUGGCUAGGGCCAGGACACUUCGAUCCGGAGUGCAGCAACUUGUGCGAGUUGCAAGACAUGUUGGCCAAGAUCCCGUCGAUCAAGUUUCUAUGGGUCGAUUGGGUGUGUGCACCUCAGUGGCACGGCGGCGGGCGGACCGCGGAGGAGGAGGAGGAGUUCGGGCUGGUCGUGAAGAACGUCUUGCCAGUCAUCUUUCUCGGGUGCACGGUUAUUGUGCCGUACGAGCGCGUCUAUAACCAGCGGUUUUGGCCAAACGUGGAGUGUUGGAUCGCCACCAAGAUGGUAACGGAGGACGGGCUAGUGCCUGCUUCCGAGGACAGGCUCCGAUUGAAGGUCCACGGCAUUGACUCGGCAAAGGGCAGUAAUUGCGCCUUCUACGUGCUCGACAGUUGGCACUAUGCUGAUGCGCAGAAGGCUAUCCACAGCCUGUCUCAAAAGGACAUUAUGGUCACGAACGCCAGCGACAAGGAGAUCAACUUGAAGGUCGUUGCCUCCCUGGACGGCAUGAUCCGCAGCCGCUACAUGUCCGUGUAGUUGUUUUCCGCGAUUGUGCGAUAGCUAUCCUUGUCGCUCUCCUCGUCCUCGUCCUCGUCCUCCGGGUUGACGGCCGCGAACGGCCCCCGGGCCGGCAGGGAAAAACCUCCCGAGACGGCGCAUUGGACCCCAC